AUGGAUGAGCGUAGCCUCCCAAGAAUGGCGGAUUCCGACCGCAAAUCCUCGUCUAGUGCGGAGAGCAGCAGCUCGUUGUCUCGCCACUACCCCUUAAACGGACUGGAUCUCUCAUUCUCAAAAUACCACCACACCCGGCUGACUUCCACGGACAUCAUCGCCCACCAGCUCUGGGCACGCUUCUUUGACCCAGCCUUCAAAGAUAAAUGGGACCACUGCACAAUUCUCUCGUGUGAACGCGGAUACGCGGAGAUACACAAGCUUCGCGACCGGGACCUAUCCCUCGACAUUGAGGUUUUACAGCGAUCUCAAGUAAGCUACGGAGGAGGCUUCCCAGCGAAUGACGCCGCCUAUAGUGAGAGCAUACUUGGGGAACCGCGGUUCUCGGCCCGCGAGAUCACUCUCGACGUCGUCGUCCUCGCUGCGUUGCGACGCCACGUCCUUGAGACGAGCCACCCCGAGAUGCGACACUGGCUCAAGUUGGUGGCCAAGGACUACAUCGGGGGACCGUUUGACCGAACCUCGCCAGUAUAUGGCCUUAAGGAUUUAGAUAAAAUGUUGAUCUGGGAUGAUGUAUAUCCCCAUUAUGAGUUGGGCGUUCAGAGGGACGCCCAGCUGAGGCACCUAACCAACUACGCCCCUCACCUCCUCCUGCAGCAUGUAAAUUUCCUGUUUUCCAAGGGCCCCGUCCUCCAGCACCUUAGAAUCGACUUUACGUAUUCCCACUGGUUCUCGGAUACAAAAAAGCAGGUCCCUCCCGUCCUUGAUGAAAGGGACUCCCGCGUCGGAAGAAGCCUCCUUCCCAACAGGUUCUGGAAACUGCCCCCGCAAGAGCCCGGCUACGAGGUGCCGGGUUUUCUACCCCGCCAACUACAAGCCAUAGCUCGCGACUCGCGCAUGGCGCGGACACGGCGUUCGGUGAGCGAACCCAGCCGGGGAGAGCACAUGCCCAUAAUAUUGCAGAAUGCCUUCGGGGCACCCGGCCCUCUCAGCAACCUCUGUCGCUCGAAGCACGCACCGCCCCUACCCCUUCAGGUCCCUUCCUCCAUGAACAGCCCCGCCCCUUUCGUCCACCAUGUAACCACCAGCGACGACAUGAUCUUCUUCGUCCCCUGUCCUUCCCUCUCGACCCUCGACCAUCGCCUUCGCCGCCGCAGCCUCAGCCGCCGCCACAUCGCCAACAUGUUCCACGAGCCUCCCCCUCUCCCGGACGUAUCCUGUGACGAGGCCGUAGCCCACGCCCUCCACUCCUCGCGCUUUUGCGGCUGGUGCGCCUCCCCCGAACACGCCUCCUCUGCUUGCGACUACCCCAAGCACGCCCGCUGUAAAUGCCGCGCCUUCCCAAUCUACCAUACCGCCAAGACCUGCCCCAUCCUCUGCUCCCGCCCCUGCGGCAAUCCCUUCCCGACCGGCAGCACGCGCCAUCCUGCCGCUUCAAGAAGUGCCGGUGCGGAGGGAGCCAUCUUGGCCAGGAUUGCGGGUGGAACCCGGCGUGCCGGGUGA